UUGCUUCCGUCAUCGUCGCUUUCGGUUCAUCGCAUCUCAAAAUUUCCAGUGUUUAACUUACCACAAAAUGAAUUGUGCUGAUUUCAUCGAGAAAUGCAACGGCAUUACGUUGGACGGACAUUCGCCUUUCGUUCGACCUGAUUGUUGCACAACUCCGGGUCGCUUCACGUACAAUCCACCGGACAAUAAGCCCGUCUGCAUAUGUCCUCCACAGCCGUGUCCACGUUUUCCGCCCAAAUGUGUCGGUACAUACAACGCCAAAAGAGGAAAAAACUUCAUGGCAGUUACAUACGACAACUUGUACUGUCCCGGAAGGUGUACCAGACCCUGCUGUAGACACGUCUUCAAGAACUCUAGAGAAAACUAUCCGCCCUGCAAAUAUGAUGAUCCUUGCAAAGCGCAUUGCUACGAUCAUCCUGUAGGAAUGAAACCCUCUGGUCGUUAUCCACCGGAUAUCUAUAGAGGACCUUUGCGUAGAAAUUGUUAAUUUACAACAAGAACAAAAU